UGCGUGAAAGAAAGAUCUCCCACUACCAAGGAUAUAUAGGAAAAUAUUUGAGAAUAAGAUGGAGCUUUCGUGAUUUCUCUUAAAAUUUUAGGUGUUUUUCUAUUGACAAAGAAAAACUCGAAUUUUUCACAAAAUGCCACCGAAAAAAGCACCGGCGCCGAGCAAAAAAGCAGAUCAGAAAAAAAAGGAAAAGGUUAUUGAGGACAAGACAUUUGGUAUAAAAAACAAAAAGGGUGCCAAGCAGCAAAAAUUUAUUCAACAAGUUGAAAAACAAGUGAAAUCGGGCGGCGUAAAUCCGCGCAAAAUCGAGGAUCCUAAUACCAAAAAAUUGGAAAAAGAGAAAAAGCUAAAAGAACAGAAAGAAUUGGCGCUUAUUUUUAAACCAGUUCAAACACAAAAGAUAGAUAAAGGCACAGAUCCCAAGUCUGUUGUGUGUGCUUUUUUCAAACAAGGUCAAUGUACAAAGGGAGAUAAAUGUAAAUUCUCUCAUGAUUUGAGCAUUGAACGAAAAGCUGAAAAACGUUCAUUGUAUUGUGAUAUGAGAGAUGAUGACAAGGAAGAGGAUACAAUGGAUAAAUGGGAUGAAGAUAAGCUCAAAGAAGUUGUAGAGAAAAAACAUGGUGGUGGCAAUCGUCCUACUACCGACAUUAUCUGCAAAUACUUCUUGGAAGCAGUAGAAAAAUCAAAAUAUGGUUGGUUUUGGGAAUGUCCAUCUGGUCAGAAGUGUAUUUAUAGACAUGCUUUACCUCCUGGAUUUGUCUUAAAAAAAGAUAAAAAGAAGGAAGACAAGAAAGAUGAAAUCUCUUUGGAAGAUCUAAUAGAAAAAGAAAGAGCCAAUUUGGGACCUCAUCAAACCAAGAUAACAUUGGAGACAUUUUUGGCUUGGAAAAAGAGAAAAUUGAAAGAAAAAGAAGAGCAGGCCAUCAAAGAUGAAGAGAAGAAGAGAAACGAUUAUAAGGCUGGUCGCCAAAUCGGUAUAUCAGGAAGAGAAAUGUUCUUCUUUAAUCCAGAUCUUGCUACAGGAGAUGGUAUCGAUGAAGGAGAUGAAGCAAUAUCUAGUUAUGUUCGCGAAGACGAUGAUUCUGAGGAUAUACAAUAUAGAGAACUCGAUACAGAACGCCUCGCUUUUGAAGCUAGCGAAAUAGACACUAAUGGUAUCACUGUGGCUACUGCAGAUCGAUUAAAGGUCAACAGUGUUGCUGAUAACAAUAAGGAUAUUACAGUUACUGUGGAAGAGGGUGCCGCGGCGGUAGCUAUUAAUGAAAAUCUUUUCAUGGAAGAAGAUUUAGAGGGUUUAGAAGAAGAAUUGGGGGACCUGGACUUGGAGGAGUAAUCCAGUUGUCCCGAUCAUGCAUCUCUCCUCACUACAUCAUGUUGCUCCAGUGUUUUAUCUUCUUUAAUACAUAUUACUGAGAUAAUCAUUAGCCCCGAA